GGGGACGGGGCCCUGGACGAGCUCGACGACGACGCUGCCCUCCUUGCGCUGGAGGCGUUGGAGGAAGAGCUCGUCGACCACGCUGCUGGUGCUGGUGACCGCGGCGUUCCCUUAGGUGGUGCGGGCGAGCCCUCGACUCGAGUGGAUCUGCCUGGUGGCUGGGUCCAGUUCUUCCCCACCGACGGCCGCUUCCAGGCGACGUGCGCAGAUCCGAGGCACCAGUUGGAAGGGAACCCUUGUCGGAUGACACGUCAGAACACGCGUGCGGCAGGGGCCGACACCGCUAGCGGGAGGCCGCGCGGCCUCAUGUCCGGGUGGAUCGAGAUCAGCAGGGACUUCGCGACGCGGGCUGACCACAGGGCAGUGUUCAUGGUCAUGACCAUCCCCCGCGCAGAUCGAGAGGCAGCGCGGGGCAGGCUCAUGGCCCGCGCUGGCGGGCCCGAGGUCGUCUCGCGGGAGCGCCCGCGGGAUAUCCCUGGUGGCGAGCCCGAGGGGCCGAUCAAUGUCCCCAUGGGUUGGUGA